GAGCCUCCACAUUUCUCCUCCUCUUCCUCUCUUCUCUGCACAUGUCUUACCACCUCUACUCUUUUCCCCUCUUUUCGUUCUGUUUUGCCACCCACCUCCUCUGUAAUCUCUGCGUUUCACUCAGCUCUGAUCGCUCUCUCCUCCCCCGAUCCACUUUCCACUCUCCAUCCCUCUUCUUCUUUUUUCUUCACUUGUCCGAUGGAGUGAGAAGGUUUUUUUUUAACUCCUCCACUCGUCUGUCCUUCCCCCUCCGUCACGUCCCAUGGGCAUCCGUGCAUCUUGCAGACCAGAGCCUCAUGGUCGGGGAGGUGGCUCUCAGCCGGGCCAGGCAGACUCCCCACUCCCAGAGCAGGAUGAGGAGAUCCUGGGCUCUGAUGACGAUGAGCAGGAGGACCCCAAUGACUACUGCAAGGGUGGAUAUCACCAUGUGAAGAUUGGAGAUCUGUUCCACGGGAGAUACCAUGUGAUCCGCAAACUGGGCUGGGGGCACUUCUCCACGGUUUGGCUGGCCUGGGACAUCCAGGAGAAGUGCUUUGUGGCAAUGAAAGUGGUGAAAAGUGCCGAGCAUUACACAGAGACAGCUCUGGACGAGAUCAAGCUGCUCAAAUCUGUGAGAAACACAGAUCCCAGUGACCCCAGCAGAGAGAAAGUGGUGCAGCUUCUUGAUGACUUCAAAAUUUCCGGCAUGAACGGCACUCAUGUGUGCAUGGUGUUUGAGGUUCUGGGUUAUCACCUACUGAAGUGGAUCAUCAAGUCUAAUUACCAAGGCCUGCCCCUCCCCUGUGUUAAAAGCAUCAUACGACAGGUUCUUCAGGGUUUAGACUACCUCCACACCAAGUGUAAGAUCAUCCACACAGACAUCAAACCGGAGAACAUUCUGCUGACCGUCAACGAGCCCUACAUCAAGAAAAUGGCUGCUGAAGCUACUCAGUGGCAGAAGACCGGCGCUGCACCUCCCUCGGGCUCUGCAGUGAGUACAGCCCCAGCACCCAAACCAAUUGCCAAAAUGUCAAAAAACAAAAAGAAGAAGAUGAAGAAGAAGCAGCGGAAGCAGGCCGAGAUUCUGGAGAAGAGGAUCCAGGAGAUGGAGGGAGGAGCAGCUGAAGGAGGAGAAGAGGAGGAUGAUGAGGAGACGACAACAGAGGCCACAGAACAUACGACUCCCACAGCCACCCUCUCCAUGUCUGCCACGCUGCAGGACAUUGCUAACCAUGCCAACUCAGCAGACUCCACUCCCGAGGAACAGCCCCAGCAGAUACCAAACGUAAAUGAGCGGAGAGACAAUGCGACCAAUGAGCCGGGCGGGAUGGAGGUGAACUGUAACGGCCACUCCUCCCCAGCAGAGAGCGAGGCCAGCGUAGAGGAACAAGGGACCAAGCAGUCGAUGGAGCUGGAGGACCAACAGAAUGCAAACCAAGCAGAAGGGAACACAGAGACCCCGGACACGUUAAGUAACAAAGAGGAGCGUCCAGCCUGUAACGGCUCAGCCGAGCAGCCCGACCAGCUGAUGCCCUCCUCCCUCAGCCCUGACUCCGUCACCGUGGAGCUGAAGGAGGGAGAUGACGAGGAGAAGAAGGAGGAGCAGAUGGACACUCUGGGGGAGGACACCAAAAGAGGGGAGGAAGAAGAAGACAGCCAGGAUGGAGCAUCAGGCAAUAUGUUAGUAAACCCCCUGGACCCUCUUAACUCUGACAAGCUGCAGGUUAAGAUCGCUGACCUCGGCAAUGCCUGCUGGGUGCACAAACAUUUCACUGAUGACAUCCAGACGCGGCAGUAUCGCUCUCUGGAGGUGCUGACGGGAGCUGGGUACAGCACACCAGCCGACAUCUGGAGCACAGCCUGCAUGGCCUUUGAGCUGGCAACUGGAGAUUAUCUGUUUGAGCCCCACUCUGGAGAAGACUACUCGCGAGAUGAAGAUCACAUAGCGCUCAUCAUCGAGCUGCUCGGUAAAGUUCCCCGGAAGCUGAUCUUGGCGGGCAAAUACUCCAAGGAGUUUUUCACCAAGAAAGGCGACCUGCGUCACAUCACCAAGCUGAAGCCGUGGGGUUUGAUGGACGUGUUGGCAGAAAAGUACGAGUGGUCCAAAGACGAGGCGCACACCUUCAGCAGCUUCCUGCUGCCCAUGCUAGACCUGGUGCCUGAGAGGAGGGCCACCGCAGCCCAGUGCCUCUCCCACCCUUGGCUCACAUGCUAGAGGCCCGCCACACCCCUCCACCCGCCACAUUUUGACAGGAUCAAUGAGUCUUGAGGAUCCUGGGGUGGAAACCGUACAGUAAAACAAACGCAUUCAUAUCUGAAAGACCCUGUGACUGCAUUGUGCCAGCACCCUCCUCUCCCACACACAGUUUCAUACAUACAACAAAAAGAGCGGAGUCUUUAUCCUCUUUUGGAUUACACUGGAGAUAGAGUGAGAUCCUGGUGUUGUUCCUGUAUUUAUGGCUCUUUUUUUUACUGGCUGUAUAGGACUUAUCAGCCCAGUUCUUUUUUUCCUCCGGCUCUCUUUUCUGCAGCAUAAUAUUCUAUUCUUUUUUAGUUAUAGAUAACAAACUGGCUCAUUUAGGAGGAGGUUGCACGUCUACAAAUGCAGAAGGCGAAGAUGCUAAAUCAUCCCUUAAAACCACAUACUGUUUCAUUUGGUCAAACGGAGAGCGAUGAGGAUCAUUAAGGACAUGUUGUCGUGCUAGCUGUGCCAGCUUUCUGCCUAUGGCUGUCAAAUGUUUGCAGAGUGCUCAGAACUGAUAAGUGCGUAAUGCUAAUGGCCAAGAUGAGACUAGUAAUGUUCUUAGCACUGUUAAGUUAGCUAUGUUAAAAUAAAACUUUUGUACAUUUAUACACAGGCAGGACUACAUAAUUACAUUUCAAGCUCUGAAGAUACUCGUCACAAAUCACACUAUUUUUCAGGAAUUCCAAACCGUGUAAUUUCAGAUUUUUUUUAAGUGUUAGUUAAAGCAUUAUCAUAUGUUGUCUUAAGAAAACACUUGCAUAAAAUAGUGUGGAAAACAUUGUGAUCCCUUUCCUACAUCAUGCACAGAUAACAUCGUUAGGCUCUUUUAUACCUCGACAAUAUUUAGCCUGUUAUGAAAGGCUUCCUGGAACGUUUCCCACAUUACAGUCAAAUCAAAGUAAAUGUGCAGUGCACCAAAGAGUCGGCCCUCAGUCUUUCCCUCUCUGCUUUGUAUAUUAAAGGCUUGAAAUAAAAGGUUUGAGCUAUUUCUUUUACACUUUUUGAAAAUGUCUCGAGGAAUGCUUUGGUGAUUUCCAGUUUGAAAACUAAAGCUUCGUUCUGAGUGUUUCAGCCGCACAUGGACGUGUUUGAUUUGAAAACCAUUGAUUGUACGUAAAACUAACGGUGUUAUAAUGCUUUGAUGCUUCUUUAAACCAUGAUUGCUUGUUUUUCUACAACGUCUCCUACUUCUCUCCAUGACUCUGCUCUUCAUUGGUUGUUUUGUUCAUUUUCUGUAGGUAAUAUUAAUAAACAUUUUUCAAAAUGAA